UUCUAAAAGUCGCGCAUGAGCAGCGAAAAGUCACACACGAUUGUGAGGACACCUUUAACCCUUGUCGCGAGGGGGCUAAAGCGCAAGCGUCGAAUCGAUCCUCCAUCCCCCUCGGGAGCAGCGCGUUCGCGAAGAGCAACCCCCGGCCGACGACUCUGUUGUCGACCUAACAACAGUUCAAAACCACCCGAAAACACCACGGCAAACAUGGCGUUGGACUUUGCAGCCACGUACAAGGUACUGGUGUUGGGCGAUUCGAACGUCGGCAAAACCUGCAUCGUGCAUCGUUACUGCGACGAACGGUACUACGACACUUACAUCUCGACGAUAGGUAUCGAUUUUAAACAAAAGAUCAUUAAUCUAGAUGGAACGCCAAUUAAAUUACAAAUUUGGGAUACCGCCGGCCAAGAAAGAUUUCGAACUUUAACAACGGCAUAUUAUCGUGGCGCUAUGGGUAUUCUUUUGAUGUACGAUGUCACUAGUUUGGAGAGUUUUAACCAUCUGUCUUACUGGCUGCGAAAUAUUCAAGAAAAUGCGUCACCAGACGUGGUAAAAGUUUUAGCGGCGAAUAAGUGCGAUGCAACCGCACAUCGCGCCGUGGAUGCCGAAAGAGGCCAAAAAAUUGCCGAAAAUUUCGAUAUGCCUUUCUUUGAGGUAUCGUGCAAGGAGAAUAUCAAUAUCGAGGAAGCUUUUCUCACCUUAGCCAGAAGGAUACGGGAACAACGGGGACGUCGAGCCAGUCUAUUCGAAGCUUCUGAAAGAGAAGGUGCAGACAGUAUUAUUAAGGCUCAGUCACCGUCUCAACAAGGUGACGCCUGGAGAUGCACCUGUUAGUUCGGAUAAUCAUCGAAAGUCUAUUUGGCUGGAAACUUCGACGGCAGCCAGGUAUUAAACCCGGAUGCGUAGCAUCUCGUCCGUAUCUUGCACGAAAGGUUUUUAUACCUGUACAUACGCAACGCGAUCAGUCGUCGAACGGAGAUUGACCUGGACGCGAGAAUGGUGUAUACUUUUGCUUUGGGCAGAUCGCCCGAGCGAGUAUACGACACGAUGUACUACUACACCAUCUUGCAAUAAUCGCAACGGAUAUUAUAGAUAUAUAUUAUCUCGUAAAUCCUGCACCCUCUAUUACACGCGAGAGAACGACGACGUUGACGCAUCGCGGUGACGGAAUGAAACGGACGAUCAAUCGACGUGUGAUUAUAUCCUCAUAAUCCGCAUAAGACGUCAUUCAACGCAAACUCUCGCGUUAUGAAUCAUUCGAACACGUACAUACACAUACACAACGUAUUACAGUUAAGUUCGAGUCACAUUUGCGAAGUUAUCGCAAAUUUUAUCUAUGAUAUGCGAUUAUACGUCGUAGAUGUCUACUUAUAGAGAUACGAGUCAUAUAUACAGACUCGGCAAAACUCUCGCUAAAAUUGGAAUGCCUGAACGUAUCGUCGAGGAAUGCGAGGAUUAAUAAUCUGAUUGAUAAUAAUCGGCUGAUUUUGUCGAUUAAUUUAUACACGAACGAAUCGAGAUGAUUCUACUCGAGUUCUACUCGAGUUUGAUGUAAAUUCGAAAAUAUAUGAUACGUCAUGAGGAAAAUCAGCUGUGAGAAAGAAAAGACUACAACUGAUUGUGAGCAUUAGAAAAGAGAAUCAAUCGAAGCAUUCAAAGAGAUUCAAAGAUUUCCAUUUAUAAAAUUUUGAUGUUAAAUUUAUAAAUCGGACGCAAAGAGUCGGAUAUCAGACAGUUUAAAAAUGUUCGAUUAGAUUCACUUGGCGUAUCGAUAAGGCCUAAGGAAACCAAAAAAAUCCUCUCGAUGUUACUAAGGCGACAUUAUACAUUUUUGCAGUAAUCGACGUAUUACUAUUAUUAGUAUGUCUACGCGAAGAAGACAUCAUCAAGCGCAUUGUGAUUACUGUCUGAAAACGACAUUACUAUACGAGACUUGCGAUUACCACUGUUGUCUCUUAACGAGGACCAGGGCCCUUCCUUCAGGAAGGACUUGCGCGAUUAUAUCGAGAUUAUUUGAUACACAGAUGCCAAAGUUCGCAAAAUAGAUGUUUCUUUGUCGAAUAUAUAUAAGUAUCGAGAACCAAGCUAGGAAGAAUAGUUUUAAUAUCAAAGCGUAUGAUCUCUUUGAAUAAAAUAUAAUUCAAAAUGUGAAAAGAUUUUAAUAAGAAUUAAACGUAAGUAAUAAAAAAAUUUUAUUUGGAUUUAUUCUUGGUUUAAUCUCAAGAUAAAAAUAUUUUACAUUUUUUUGUGUGUAUGGCAAUGAUAAGUAAUUAAAAGUAAAAGGAAGAAAAUAUUUGAAAGAAGUAUUCUAAUGAUAUUAAUAUUAUGUUUAUC